ACUAUAGAGAAUCUGUUUACUUUGUAUAAUUAUAUGAACCUUUCAUUGUAAAACAGCUUCUAUGCUGCGUACGGACUCUUUCACUGACGGACCUGUAAACUAAAAAUCUCAACUGUCUUUUUGCCUUUUAGCUAGCUAGCUAGUUACAGAAAGAUUUAGAUUUGUAGCUUUAUUUUAAUUUAAUUAUUACUUAACAUGUAAUAAUACGUUUUUCUUAGCCAACGGCCUAUUAGCAUUUCAUUUUUCAUUGAUCUCCGUGUAGCAGAAUUGGUAAACGAUGAACAUGGAGAAAUUUGAAGGAUAUAUUUUCACUGCUCUUUGCAGCAUCAACUUUUUGGUUUCAUGUCUUCUGUUCUCCAAAAUAACACGGGAGCAAAGGGAGCCUUAUAUGGACGAACUAUUUCACGUUCCUCAAGCACAGAAGUAUUGCCACGGGAAGUUUAACGAGUGGGACCCUAUGAUUACCACUCUCCCAGGCCUCUACCUCGCAUCCGUGGGUGUGAUUAAGCCAGUGAUCUGGCUGGCAGACCUUACAGGGAAAGUGGUGUGUUCUACUGCCAUGCUGCGCUUCAUCAACCUCCUCUUCAAUUGUGGCAUCCUCUACCUGCUCUAUCUCAUCAUCUGCAAGCUACACUUCAAGGAAAAGACAAAGACCGCGUCUCGCAGAGUCCUCUUGGCAUUAUCCCUGUCUAUGUUCCCUGUGCUCUACUUCUUCAACUUUCUCUACUACACAGAUGCCGGUUCUACGUUCUUUAUACUCUUCACCUAUCUCAUGACGCUUUAUGGCUGCCACAAGGCCUCAGCACUUCUCAGUGUCUUUGCCAUCUUCUUUCGCCAGACCAACAUCAUCUGGGUAGCGUUCUGUGCCGGUACAGUGAUAGCCAACAAGAUGGACGAGACAUGGCGGAUGGAACAGUCGAAGAAGAAGGACGACAAGUCGCCUUCACAGAUCCCUCUGUCUGUCAGCGGCGUGAAGAGAGUGAUGCAUUUCCUCUUGGAAUUCCUGAUCACUGCCAAUCACGUGAAGGCCGUGCUGCUGGUGACGUGGCCGUACGUCCUAGUCGCCGUGGGAUUCGUCACAUUCGUCGCCUUUAACGACGGGAUCGUAGUCGGCGACCGGACCAGCCACGAGGCCUGCCUGAACUUCCCUCAGCUUUUCUACUUCUUCUCCUUCACCCUCUUCUUCUCUGCCCCCACAUCCCUCUGCUACAGCCGUGCUCUCCGCUUCCUUCAGACCCUCAAGAAGCAGCCCUUCCUCUACCUCUUCAUCACAGGCGUAUGCCUGCUCCUGGUGUGGAAGUUCACCUACGUCCACAAGUACCUCCUAGCUGACAACCGGCACUUCACUUUCUAUGUGUGGAAUAGGAUUUUCCAGAAGCACGAGGCGGUGCGCUACGCCCUCAUCCCUGCCUACCUGUUCGCAGCGUGGAACUUCAUGGACACUCUGAAGUACCGCUCCCUGUUCUGGAGCCUGGCGUUCUUCUUGUGUCUGCUGGCAGCCACAGUUCCUCAGAAGCUGCUGGAGUUCAGGUACUUCAUUGUUCCGUACCUGCUCUACCGCCUUCACAUGCCUCUGCCCUCCCUCACCAGACUGGGGCUGGAGUUCCUCCUCUACACCGCCGUCAAUGCAGCCACACUUCACAUCUUUGUCUACAAGACUUUUCAGUGGCCAAACAACCCAGCUGUACAGAGAUUUAUGUGGUAGCCAGACCUGAAAACGAGGAAGCCAGCGGUUACCAAACACGUAUAGGUAAUACAUUUUUAAACUAAUAGAGCCAGGCGUUGUUCCUAUUGGUAUGAUGUCAUGGUCAGGAAGAAAAUCUGGGCCUCAGUUUGAGAAUAAUUUCCUGUGAAGACUUCUUUGAAGACUGUUAUCCAAUACAUUGCAACUGUGCAUUUAAGGAUGAGUAGACCAAAAAAAAUUAGACAAGCCAUAUUUUUGAACUGGGAUCUAUUUAUGUACAGUAUACUGUAUGGUUCUGAUAGAGUUUUGGGGGUUUUGCCAAUGAAGAACGUGGAUGAACUAUAUUAACUCUGUUGUGGAGUUAUGUUGUGUUAUCUCUAUUUUUUCAAUGUAUUUACCAAAGUUGCUUGGGGGUUGACAGUCAGAAUGAUGCGGCUUUCAACAUGAGUCAUUUUCAAUAUAGAUGAUCUCUGUGUUCAAAUACAUUAGUUUUUUCAUUUUUUUUUAAAUGGAAAGCUUCCAUAAACCAUUUAAACCAACUGAUAUUAAUGGAUAUUUUGCUGUUAUACUCUUAAGAUUAAUGUUGUGAAAUUAUUUUGCCUUCAACUGUAUUCCUGUGAAUAAUGUUCUUCAAAUUUUGUGUUUCUUGAAUUUGUUUGGCAAACCCUAAAAUCCCUUUAUGUCCCGGCCUAAGAUAUCCAGUAGCUCAUCUAUUCUGUUAGUCUUUGACAAGCCCAGAUUCUUCAAAAAUAACAUGUACCUUAGGUUUUUUUGUUCAGAAUGUAUUAACUGUAUUUUUUACCUGUGUCUUUACCUGUCUGACUAUUGCUGAUCUUUUUAGUCCCUGUAGGUCUCUGUGAUUAAACGAUCACAAGGAUGCAAUAAAAGGAUAUGAUGCCGACA